CUAACAACCGAGUGACUAUUCUUUUCUAGUGACUCCACCUAAUAAUGGCAAUGUACUAAUAGAAGAAUUGCAGUGAACUCAUGUCAAUUAACAUGCAUGCGGAAUACAAGAGAGAAAGUAAAAAAAAAGUACUAUUUCCAACAACUGCGCAACAAAAGUUAAGCACACACAUUUAUUUUAUAGGUACUUGUUUAGGUGAAAACGUUUAAUAGUUUGUUGUGUUUACCUUUUAGUUCGCCGACAGUGUACACAGCUCACUAACUCACUUUCUUCGCUUUCUUCUUCCAUCUAUCUAUACAUCCCUUUGUAUCUAUAAUCUUUUUGCAGUCUGUUGUUUCUGUACUUUACCAUCAUGGUUCAGUCAAAAAAGUUCAGAGGUGUCAGACAGCGUCAUUGGGGUUCUUGGGUUUCUGAAAUUCGUCAUCCACUUUUAAAGAGAAGGGUGUGGCUAGGAACAUUUGAAACAGCUGAGGAAGCAGCAAGAGCUUACGAUCAAGCAGCAAUUUUAAUGAGUGGUCGAAAUGCGAAAACAAAUUUCCCUAUAACACAAACUCCGGAAGGUGAUCCGAAGAACAGUGUAACUACUGAUAAGGACAAGCAUUUGAAAUCUUCGAAGGAUCUAGAAGAAAUCUUACGCGCCAAGCUUCGAAAAUGUGGGAAGUUACCAUCUCCUUCCAUGACUUGUUUGAGGUUAGACACAGAAAACUCUCACAUUGGUGUGUGGCAAAAACGUGCUGGGAAAUGUUCUGAUUCGAAUUGGGUUAUGACUGUUCAACUUGGAAAAAAUAAGAGUGUGAUUGAAAAUAAUGGUAGCGCUAGUACUAGUACUAGUAAUAGUAGUAGUGUCGUGCCUUCGUCUUCAUCGAUGGUGGCGACCGGAGAGCAAAUCGUGCGUGGAGAGAUUGAUGAAGAAGAUAGAAUUGCACUUCAAAUGAUAGAAGAACUUCUGAAUGAUAAGAAUUGCCCUAGCUCAUCAACUAACAAUGCUAAACAAGGGGAUGAUAUUCAUAACAGCUUUUUUAUUUAAAGGUAAUAUUUAGAUUGGUGGUAUUGAAAGGAAUAAAAUAGGCUUGUUAGUUUAUAAAAUAUUGAUGAUACAUCAUUUCAUAUCAUAUAUCAUUGCCAUUCAAUUCUAUUAUAUUCUAUACCACCAAUUCAAAUAUACAUAUUUUCUUUCAUUUGUAUUAUAUAUGGUAUUCACGUGUUAAUUAAUUAUAUCUUUUGACAAUGUAAUUAUUUGGGAGAAAAUAAGUUAAUUAUAUAUAUUUGAAGACUACGUAUGUAACGAGUGGGGUUUCUAUAAAUUUCCACCAUAUGAUAUAAGGACAUUGUAUUUAUUGA